AUGUUCAGACAUCUACCUAAAGCUGCUAGAUCUACCGCUGUGGGAUCAGUGUCCGUGCGCGCAACUGCCCGAGGGAGGUACUUCACCUCGAGUGCAGCUUCUUCAAGACAGAGGACAAGUCUAGUGGUAGUGGCAGCAGCAGCAGCAGGAAUCGCAAUAACCUACAAAACAUUCUUCAUCCCAUCCAUCAAAGCAGACGAAGGUACAGAAAAGUACCCUGGAACAAAGCAACCUUCAGGUCAGAAGUUAAUAAGCUUCGAGGAGGUCCAGAGACACACCAAGCACGAUGAUUGUUGGGUCAUAAUCGAUGGCAAUGUAUACGACGUGACUGAUUUCCUUGAACAACAUCCAGGAGGAGCGGAGAUCAUCUUGGCUAACGCAGGUAAAGAUGCAACCAAAAUAUUCAAACCCCUUCAUCCACCCGAUGCACUCGACACUCUCGAACCAUCCCAACACCUAGGUCCUGUAGAUCCCCUCUCGAUGCCCGAACCCACCGAAGAAGAACCUACAGAAGAGGAAUUAAGAAUCGAAGAAGCUCGAAAAAAGUUACCACCGGUAGACUCGAUGUUGUUGGUUAAUGAUUUCGAAGAUUGGGCGGAGCAAGUCUUGUCAGGGACUGCUUGGAAUUAUUACAAGUCUGCGGCUGAUAGGGAAUUCACCGCAGCGGAGAACCAAGAUGCUUUCCAACGAUAUUAUUUCCGACCCCGAAUCCUCCGUGACGCUACCAACGGAUCGAUCAACACCGAAUUUGUAGGUAUGAAAACUGCUUUACCCGUGUUCAUCUCUCCUGCUGCAAUGGCAAAAUUGGGUCAUCCGCUGGGUGAGGUGAAUUUGACUAAAGGUGCUGGUAAAUGUGGGAUCGUACAAGGUAUCUCAAUCAACGCUUCUUGUUCACUCGACGAAAUCAUGUCAGCCCGCGAACAAAACCAACAAGUCAUGUUCCAGAUUUACCUCAACAAAGAUCGAAAGGCAUCCGAGGCUCUCUUAAAGAAAGUUACGGAACUAGGUGCAUCAGCAAUAAUAUUCACGGUUGAUACUCCCUGGAGAUCUAAGAGGACUAGGGAUGUACGAGCAAAGACGGCCGUGGCUCCUCCACCUUCAUCGGAUGGUCAGCAAAAGUCAAAGGCUCCCCUGGGUGUUAGUCAGGCUAUAUCCGGGUAUCAGGAUACGAAUUUGACUUGGAAAGAUAUUGAGUUCAUACGGAAAAACACAAACCUCCCUAUUAUCGUCAAAGGUAUUCAAAGUAUGGAGGAUGCCGAGUUAUGCGUCCAACAUGGUGUACAGGGCAUAAUAUUGUCUAAUCAUGGUGGAAGACAAUGUGAUUUUGCUCCGGCACCUAUUGAUCUAUUAUACGAAAUGCGAAUUAACAAACCUGAAUUAUUCGAUAAGAUCGACGUGAUGAUGGACGGAGGUGUCCGAUCAGGUGCGGACGUAGUGAAAGCUCUAGCACUCGGUGCGAAAGCCGUCGGGUUGGGAAGAAGUUUCUUAUAUGCUAAUGGAACCCAUGGUGAAGAUGGUGUGGUAAGAUUAUGUGAGAUCCUAGCUGAAGAAAUUACCAACACGAUGCGUAACAUCGGUGCGAACAAUAUAUCAGAUCUCAAACCUGAAUCAGUAGGACCAGCAGGUCCUUGGGUUUAUGGGAACGCUCCCCCCUGGGGAGGUAAGAACAAGGCGUAG